AACGCGAAAAAAAGAAGAACGAGCGUGAGUUGGAAUCUAUAAGAAGGAGAAGCAUGAACAAAGACACUGCUGCUAAGAGAAUUAUGAGAGAGUCUUUGGAAGGAACAGGCAGUGAUAAACCGGCUCAUACAGCUUUGGGUAGAGACAAUGAUGUCAUUUCAGACGACGAGAACCUCAGCGAUCCGGAACUAAAAACCAUUUCACCUACAAGUCCGAGCCCUGAGAGGCGAGUGAACCGCACAAGUCCUACAAGAAUCACCAUCACCCCUGACACAUCUACUGCUAAUCCGAAACCAGCAUCGGUGGAAACCAAGAUUGAGUCCAAGAAAGUUCGGCCGCGUAUUAAGUUCUUUGGAGCAUCUGACGAUGAGGAUUCCGAGGAAGACGAAGGAAAGCAGUCCGCGGUGAAGUUUGCUGACGCACCCUCGAAAUCUAAACCAAAGACUACGUUUGCAGACACCCGAUCAUUUAAGCAUGCUGGUGUAAGAUUUUUCCAAUCAGAUGAGGAGGAUGAAGACGAGGACGAAGAUAUCCAGGAAGAGCAAGCAAAAGCCCCCGUGUCAGUUCCUGCUGUGGUUAAGGUGGACAAAGGAUGUUGGACACAUGAACCUGAGUUCGAUAAGUAUCUACAUCUGAGAAUAUACAAACCAGAUUGUAAGAAAGCUAAGACUUCAUUCUGUAGCGUAGCAUUCAGCGGACAGCUUCUUAAGACCGAAAUCUUUGAGGAGGAAGAAGAAGAAAUUUCCCAAGAAAUCCCUGCAGAACCGGUACCUCCGCCGCCUACAACGAAGGCAAAUUCAAAGAAAGUGUCACAAAUAACUAAGACGGACAGAGCAAAGACAGUCAGUGACAAAAAGGGCGGGAAAAUGAACACUUCACGUGGUGCGAACAGUCGGGCCCCGUCUCCUCCUGCUUCACGGCCCGCAUCAGCAGAGAAGGAGAAAAAGCCUAGUGAGUUUAAGGAACUGAUGUUUAAACUCCCCAACGAUGAUGGUUGUAUUCUUGGAGAACCUGUCAAGGACAUCACUCAGGAGCCGCUUCGAUUUGCCGUGCAUCCCGGGAAGGAUCGUCCAAUGAUUGCCAUGGCAACUACCACUUAUGGAGAUUUGAAGAUCCUGGAGCAGUUCGAGGGCCGUUGGUCGCACACAGACGGCAGUGUUAAACCAGAGCAAUUGGUUCUUACCUCUGUUGUAUCGGACCGUGAUAUGCCGUUCAACACUCCGUGUGGACAAAUAUCUAUGUUGUGUUACUUGUCUCAAGUUGAACGGUUAACAAAAGUUGGAAAGUCAACAGAAACAAUACCUUUCGAGGACUUGGUGGAUGCAGAGAUACAAUCACGCAAAUUGGAAGAAGAAGGAGAGGCCAUCGUGAAAGAGAAGGUUCCAGAAACUCCAGAGGCCGUGUACACGGAGAGGGAUAUGACAGCCUUGAAAGAACAACACGCUGAGGAAAUACAGCUACUACAAGAGGAGUACGAGAAGAGGUUAAACGAGCUUGCCCGAGGACUGGGUCCGUAUUCACCUGAUAUGGAAUAUACUCACAAUGUUGUCGACGCUGCCACUUCACCGAUCCUUUUUAGAUCUCCUUCACUAGUAAGAUCGCCAUCACCCGAACAGGGGAAAUCGCCGAGACCGCCAUCACAAGCUAGACCACAAUCUCAGGCUCGGAAACCAAGACCCCGCAUCCCUAACUUACCGGAGUGGGGUAAAGAUUUACCCGAGGAUUUCCUGGUUCGGCUUCAUUUAUUCAAUGAAAACAGUUCCAAAUACCAUCAAGAACUGACUGACAAAACACGCAGAGCAAUACAAGAACGAUAUGAACUACAAAUGGCUGUACAAAACAGACUGUCUCACGCUGAAGAAGAAAAGGAAGAUACCGACAUCUGUCUCCCUGCUGUAUUUAUGCCAACACGCACUGGUCACGUGUUCUCGCCUAAGGCCCACUCGUAUUUUCACCCACCAGGUUCAUCUGAGGGCCGACUUACGCAACCGCCUUCUAUGUUUAAGCUGCCGUCUGUGCCAUCAGAAGCUCAAGUGUCAAUUCUUAAUCUCUUCGAGCUCAGCAAAAGAUACAACCAAGCAGGACACUCGUGGUAUACGCAUGAUCAUGAUCAUGAUCAAGCAAGGCCGCACACCAUAGCCAACCCGGAACAGUCACAAGCAGCCCCACCCCCACCCACUGCUUGUGACAUGUGGUCGCCUCCUCCUUACCAGGGUAGGGCACGAACAAGAUAGCGCUGGCGGGAAUACGAUACGAUGUGGUGAGGUACACGGAAGAAAUAGUGCGAGUUUCUCGCCUUACGUAGUGUGGUUCAUUGACAACUUGUUGUAGAGUUGUUCUCUUUCAGCUUUAGACUAGCAAUUAAUACUAUGAUGCGGUGGGUCUUUUCUUAACAAGACAGGCAAAAUUAUUUUUGAAAUUAAUUCCGGUUUAAAAACGUAUUUACGAUAUUUUGUACUUAUGGACAGAGUAGCAGGGACAACAGGAAAAAAUUAGGUUCGAGGUCUUUCCUUCAUACCAAGGGCCCAAUAUUUUCCGUUGGGCUCGAGCUACCUUAGUCAAUAAGCAUUUUAUUCUAUGACUUCCGUUCUUCCUCUUUUGUGCUUCUUUCAUCAUCGACUUUUCCCAUUUAUACUCGUACCAUCGCGUAUGUUAUUCGUUAAGAGUGCGCGCAGUACCAUACGUGUCCGAUGAUAAUAAUGAUGAAAAUCAGUAAAUUACGUUUCGAGGUUCUGAACAUCAACAAAGCUUUUUUUAAUUCCUGUAAAUAUUUCUUAUUAAUACUGUAAAUUUGUUCAAAUUAUAUGGAGGAUAUCAGAUGGCCGCGUGUGGAUACGAAUUUUAUCAACACGAGAAGAUAAAUUCGUAUCCACAAGUGGAAAUAUAAUGAUCUGUUUGAUAUUACAUAUUAUUAAAAAGCAUUUUUGGAUCGAUUCUUUCAAAUAUUUUGAUAGCACCAAAUGCAGAGAUCUGCACGUUUACUUAACUCGCAGAAAAGCUACUUUAUCGUCUGAAAUAACAAUAAAACAAGGUCUCAUAUUAUAUAAAUGUUUUCCAUCAACCGUAGUAUUGUUGGUAAAUGAGAGGAGAUAAAAAAAAGCUCCGACGUGUAAAGUAAAACCACCAUGUUGGUCAACUUGAUUACUCGAAGACGUUGUUAUCUUCGCGUGUUAAGAUAUAGGUGAAAUGAUCUUUGCACGCGGAGAUGUCGUGUUUUCGAGAGGCGUAGAUAUUUUGUUAUUUCAUCAAUGUCUGUAAAAUAACAAAUUUUUAAAAUGCCACGUUUUGUGAAAUGUUAAUGUUAACUCAACUGUUUUAUAUCAGUUUUGGUGGUGAGGUUUCGAAGCGUAAUUUUCCUAAAAUUACAAAACCAGGCCCUUGUGCCAUCGUCAACUUGAAGAGAGGGACAAUUGUUUUUUUUUCAAAUGUUCGAAAGUUUAUUCUUGGUUACCAAUUAUCAAUUUGCGAAGGCUUGUUUGAAAUACAUAAAUUUACGACGUACUCGCUUUGAUGUUAAAGAAUUCAAGUAUUUUCGUAUCUCUUGUAUUGUAAAGUAAGACUAAUCUACAGUUUUUAUUAUAUUAAGAACCAGAAUACCAAUUAAAUCUAUUUUAUCAACAUAAAA